AUGCGUCUUUUACUUUUUGUCGCAAUACUCCUCACCGCGGAGGCCAAAGACAAAAUAAAGGACAAAACCAAAGACAACGCGCAAAAGACACCAGACCUUCCCGAUGGUGUUGAUGAAGUCAAAACCAAAUACAGUGAACCAGUUAACACACACGAACACAAGGCAAUGGACAUGUUACUUGAGAAAAGCAACCAAGCCAUUCACGACAUCCCUAUUGUUAGAUGGACCCAAUCGAUUACUGGACACGCAACAAUUGUGUCAGAACCUAUUGUCAUGGACUUCAACCAUGACGGCAGAAAAGAAGUGAUAUUCCCAACACAGUCACAUUAUAUGGAAGCAAUAGAUGUCAACACUGGGAAUAAAGUACCUGGUUUUCCAGUGAUUGUGGAAGACAGCGGGUUUGUAUCAAAGGCUAUCAGAUAUCAAGAAGGGGACGAAGAGUUCUCUAUAGUGUCAGCAGCAAAUGGGUUCAUUUAUUUUGUGAAUAAAAAAGGAAGCUACAACAAAACAAAAACGAUUAAAAUUCCACCAGUGUACGUGCCAGCGAAUUGGGACGAAGGGUUGGAUACUAAAAGUAAGUGCAUUAUCGAAAACUUGAACAAACAAGUCAUUUCACCGUUGUUUUCGGAUGACUUGUUCACAAAGAAAGACGAGAUCAAUAAACGAUGGCAAGUUUUGAAGGAGAGACACACACAACAUCAUAAGGAUGUAAAGUAUAAUCCAGAAGAAUAUAAAGAUGACCCAUUCUUCCAAACGCAACUCACCGAGGAGGGAAGAAGAUCACUUGCUGAAUUGUUUCAUAAUGCGGCUUGUAGCAAAGACGAAUUGGAUGACCAUAACGACUGUUACCAUGCGGCAAUUUAUGAUAACUACGCGGGGUUGGAUGGAAAUUUCAACUACGCAAGACUUCGAUCGCAUAUUUUGAGCGAUCCACAACUUGUUGAUACAAAAGAUGGGAAGCGACUCGUUGUACCAGUUACCUAUUACAUCAAACAAACACCAGACGUUGAUAAGAGCGGGAAAAAGAUUGAAAAAAUGUUGAACGACAAACGGUACUGUGUCUCUGCCAUUUGCAUUUUGGAUCCCCAAAACGGUAAAAUUAUAUCGCUGACCACACUGGAUUUAACUGUGAUGAACACAAAGGAGAGUGCCGCAUUACUUGGAGGGUUUGAGGUGUUUGGAGAUAAAGGAUAUCCCGAGAAGAUUGUCGUUGGGAAUUCAGCAGGAAGAGUUCACAUGUUGAGUCUCCAAGAUGGAAAAAUUAUAAAACAAGACGGGUGGCCUUUGCAAGUUGGACCGAUGAUGGGGAAAGUUGUUGUUGAGGAUGUACAGAGAAGUGGAGACUUGUCUAUCGUCACGGCGGAUGUCAAUGGAAAUGUUGUAUGCUUCAACUUGUUGGGGAAAGUCAUUUGGGAGACAAACGUUGGCGGGCCUGUUUUACAAAACAUUGAGGUUGUUAAAACAGUGCUUGUGAAGAAAAUAGCGAUGUUGUUCAUAGCCACGAGCAACGGAAUGAUUCAUUGUUUAGACGGUAUCAAUGGAAAGAACAUCGAUAUCUUCCCUAUAACCGUCGGACAGAGUUCAAUUAUUGGUCCACUUGGUGUGUUUGUUGAUGGUGAUGAAAUCACAAUCACUGUUUCAUCUGCAAGUGGAAAGUACUCUUUCUUGAAAUUCAGAACAAUAGUUGGUAAUCUUGAGAGAGAUUUGGGUAUUUACAAGACUCUUGACAUUAAAAAGAAGCUCUUUGGUUACGACUCCAAAAUAUUACAAGCUCAGGUCAAUUCAAAAUUCUUGUUGUACACAGGCAGUCACGCGAUCGACAUUGAUGAUGUUGCGUAUAGCAAACCAGUUAUUAUAUACAGAAACAUUGAUAGUAUGGCCAACCGCGAAUUAUUCAAAGCAUCUAAAAUAUACAAGAAGAUUGGGUGGGAUAAGAUGAGUUGGGAAACACGGGUAGCCGAAGUCCAGAAACAAAAGGAAAAGCAGAAGAAACACGAGUUGAUUAUGGACACCGAGCUGAACAACGAAAUGGUAAAGUCAUAUAUUUUUGGAACGAAAGGAGGGAUUGCCAUGUGUGUUGACGAGAGAAGAAGCCGAAUGAAUUUGGAGAGAACAAGUAAUGUAAGAGGUGUAUAUGUCACAUCAACGACUGUUGUAAAGAACGAGGUUGUUUUCGUGAUUUUAUACGAAGAGUUUGGAGACAAACCCUUCAGAGUCCUGUUUGAAGGGAGCGAUGGAACAAAGUUUGAAGUCGGUGGGGAAGAAAUGGAGCACCACAGACUUGGGAAGGACCAAGCUAGUAAUGGGCUGUACUAUUCAUUUGUUGUUGAUAUCCCACCAAAACCACAAAUCAUGAGCUUCGUUAUUUCAGCAUACAACUCUCAUGGACUUAAGGCUGAGACGACAGUGGAAUUCCCAAUUCACGCGGAUUUCUAUAGAUAUAUCCCAGAGGCAAUUAUUAUCCCGUUCUUUGUGUUCUGCAUCACCGUGGUGUACUUGCUCAGUGAUUAUUGGAAGUUGAAAGUCGAUGUUGAAGUUGAGAAACAGAAUUCAGAGUAA